GUUGGGCUGGUUGGACGAAGAACGCAGCACCUGCUUUGCCACGCGGAUAAGGAUUGACGAAGAAAAGGCGGCAGUGAGUGCGACGGGGGGAUGUAGCCGAGCCGCCAUACAUGUCCAUAUGUAUGUGUGGUAGAUACCUGGUAGGUAGCUGGUAGGUAGGUAAGGUGAGAGGUAGGUUAAGGUAGCGCUCCAAAAAAUGGGAACGCAUCCCGUACCUCAACUCACAUACAUACCUAGACAUACAUCUUCGCGCAACCCACCAGCCCCGGAACACGAAGCGCCAUACAUCGAUCGGGAUUAUCUCUUGGGUUCUACUCCGUCCACUAGGAAUAAUACCCAGCACCCGGGCACUAGGAACUCAAGAGUAGGUAGGUAGCGUCCAGGUUGGAAUAUCGCCGGGUUCAGGAAAAAAAAAUCUUGAGUUGGAGAAAUUCCGGAUUGCUGUAACCCCCAUUUUUGUCCAGAGAAGUCCUAUGAGGGAGAUGGGGUGGGUGGAUGGGUGGAUGGGUGGAUGGGUGUUAGGAGGCGCCGUAAAGGCGUUCGUCUACCGCAACAGCCGAUGCAUGCAAGAUAAAAUGGCAUGUAUUGCCGGGGGAGGGGGAGGGGCAGGAAUGCUUAGGAGUUUUCUUUUUUUUUUUUUUUCUUUUUUUUUUCUCUUCUUUUUCUUCUGUGAGGCACUGAAUAAUGAAGUGGUGGUGGUGGUGAUGAGAUAUUAAAGAGUGAGGGACGGAGAGCUGUCUUUCAGGUAGAAACCCUCGUGCCGUCGACUCGGGCAAACAAAAAGAAGAAUCGGAUUCGCGAGCAAAGGUAAAAAUUGUUAGGCUUCGCCGUAUUC